GCUAUGUCUGUUAGCCAAAAGUGUUUUAAUAAUAUAUGUAUUAUAUAAUAUACAUAUAACAUAAUCGGAAACGUGUAUUUUCAAAGACGUGAGUUGUCAAGAAAGGAACAUUAGCUACUACCUGUUGCGAAAUUAAUUUUAUUACCAUGUCUGAACGGUUCCGGGUUACUCGCUCCAGCGGUUCCGGAAACUUGCCAGGAUUUGAUGAGGAAAAUGGCCCAAUGGACGCUUUAGGAAAAUUGCUGCCUGAUAGAAACGGAGAUGGAAACGAGGAGCAGCCAUUCGUUACUGAUCGUGACAAGUCUGGAUAUGAGACGAAUCUAUAUUUAUAUCAGGAAGAAAUGGAGGAUCGCCCUCGAAUCUCUACGCUUAUAUCGUCGCUGGCGAAUUACUCCAACACGAUUCCCAGCGCAGCGGAAGGCGGCGACUCCAAGGCUGGACCGGGUGGAGCGCAACCGGCGGCCAGGAUGGGGACACUCAUUGGUGUGUUUCUACCGUGCAUACAGAAUAUAUUUGGUGUGAUAUUGUUCAUUCGUUUGACUUGGGUCGUGGGCACUGCUGGCGCCCUUUGUGCUUUCCUCAUCGUACUUUGCUGCUGUUGUGUGACAAUGCUAACUGCCAUUUCUAUGUCAGCUAUUGCAACAAACGGGGUGGUUCCUGCAGGCGGGAGUUACUUCAUGAUAUCACGAUCGCUCGGACCUGAGUUCGGCGGUGCUGUUGGCAUGCUGUUCUACACCGGAACUACGCUGGCGGCCGCCAUGUACAUCGUCGGUGCGGUAGAAAUAGUUUUGACGUAUAUGGCACCCUGGCUGUCUAUAUUUGGGGAUUUCACCAAAGACGCAUCUGCUAUGUACAAUAACUUCAGAGUGUACGGAACCAUUCUGCUAAUGUUGAUGGGUACAAUAGUUUACGUCGGCGUCAAGUUUGUGAACAAAUUCGCGGCGGUCGCACUGGCCUGCGUCAUAUUUUCUAUCAUAGCCGUUUAUGUCGGAAUAUUCACAAACUGGAAUGGAAAUGACAAACUACACAUGUGCGUAUUGGGAAAUCGUCUUUUGAAGGACAUCGAUAUAUCUAAUUGCUCCAAGGACCUCGGAGGACCUCUGCACGAUAUAUUCUGCUCGGCUAAUGGCACCUGCGACCCCUAUUAUCUGGCUCACAAUGUUACCACUCAGAGAGGCAUCAAAGGUUUGGCUAGUGGAGUGUUCAAAGAGAAUAUUUGGUCUAGUUUCCUUGAGGAGGGUCAGUACAUCGCGUACACCGCUACUCCAGAAGAUAUCGAACAGAUGGAUCGCCCCACUUACAACCAGGUGUUUGCUGAUAUCACUACAUCAUUCACGAUUCUUAUCGGAAUAUUCUUCCCUUCGGUAACAGGUAUAAUGGCCGGUUCGAAUCGUUCCGGGGAUUUAGCAGACGCCCAAAAAUCCAUACCGGUGGGCACGAUAUGUGCCAUUCUCACGACCUCGACGGUUUACUUAUCUACAGUGUUGUUAUUCGCAGGCACUGUUGAUAAUCUAUUGCUCAGAGACAAAUUCGGUCAGUCAAUAGGAGGGAAGCUUGUAGUGGCUAAUAUCGCAUGGCCUAAUCAAUGGGUCAUUCUGAUCGGCUCCUUCUUAUCAACUCUGGGUGCAGGACUGCAGAGUUUAACAGGCGCUCCUAGGCUACUUCAGGCAAUCGCAAAGGAUGGUAUAGUACCAUUCUUGUCGCCAUUUGCCGUCUCAUCCGAGAGAGGAGAACCAACCCGAGCUUUGAUUUUGACAAUUUGCAUUUGCCAAUGCGGAAUUCUAUUGGGAAACGUCGAUCUGUUGGCUCCCUUAUUAUCCAUGUUCUUCUUGAUGUGCUACGGAUUCGUCAACUUGGCUUGCGCCGUUCAGACUCUGCUCAGGACACCCAACUGGCGCCCACGAUUCAAGUUUUAUCACUGGUCUUUGUCAUUGAUUGGUUUAACCCUCUGCAUCGCUAUUAUGUUCAUGACCAGCUGGUACUUUGCACUUUUGGCAAUGGGAAUGGCUGUCCUUAUCUAUAAAUAUAUUGAAUAUCGGGGAGCUGAGAAAGAAUGGGGAGAUGGAAUCAGUGGUUUGGCGUUAUCUGCUGCUAGAUUUUCCUUGCUGAGGUUGGAAGAAGGGCCACCGCACACCAAAAAUUGGAGACCACAAAUUUUGAUUUUGGCCAAAUUGACUCCCGAACUUGUUCCGAAGUACAGAAAAUUAUUUGCGUUUGCUGCUCAACUUAAAGCUGGUAAGGGUCUUACUGUCUGCGUGUCCGUCGUAAGAGGACAAUAUACUCGACGAUCGGGAGAAGCUCUGAACGCCCGUAAUGCUUUGCGCCGCAUGAUGGACGAGGAAAGGGUCAAAGGCUUCGUAGACGUAUUAGUUGCUGAAGACGUUGCAGAAGGGCUUAGUCAUCUCGUACAAACGACUGGUCUUGGAGGAAUGAAGCCAAAUACCGUAAUAUUAGGUUGGCCAUAUGGAUGGCGACAGUCGGAGCAUGAAGAUCGCACAUGGCGCGUGUUUCUGCAAACCGUCCGCCAUGUAACCACAUCACGUAUGGCUUUAUUGGUCCCAAAAGGCAUCAACUUCUACCCUGACACCACUGAAAAGAUUGUCGGAAACAUUGACGUGUGGUGGAUCGUGCACGACGGAGGACUCUUGAUGUUGCUGCCAUUUUUGCUGAAACAGCACCGCACGUGGAAACAAUGUAAGAUGCGCAUCUUUACCGUUGCCCAGAUGGAAGAUAAUUCCAUUCAGAUGAAAAAAGAUCUUAAAAUGUUCUUAUAUCAUCUUCGAAUUGAGGCCGAAGUUGAAGUAGUUGAAAUGAUGAAUAGUGACAUAUCAGCAUACACAUAUGAAAGAACGCUUAUGAUGGAACAAAGGAAUCAAAUGCUUCGCGAAUUGCGAUUGAACAAAAAAGAAAGCUUGGGAGUCGUUCAAAACAUUGUCGAUCAUCACCAUAACGUCGACGUAGCAAAAACAGCGACAAAAGUACGAUUUGCCGAACCGGGCAAGGAGCCCGCCAAGAAUGGUGACUUGAACGAAGGCGGCGGAGAAAAUACACAGGACGUGAAGUCGCCAAGCAAGCAAGAUCUACCCAAUGGACAUGAGACCCCUGAACCCAAACCAGUCGAGAAUUGCGAUGAGCCUAAAGAAGUGCCGAAAGAAGUAGAAGCUGCAGCUGAGGAGAAGCAGAAGGAAGCAGCGGUGGAGGAAGAACAACAAGAUGACGAUGAAGAGGCAGAAGGAGACGAUGGCGAUAACGUCACGGGACGAUCUAAGACAAAUAUCACGCUGGACGAAGGCAACGUGCGUCGUAUGCACACGGCGGUCAAGCUGAACGAAGUGAUUGUGAACAGGUCCCAUGACGCUCAGCUCGUUAUUUUGAAUCUUCCAGGACCUCCGCGCGAUACGAGAAUGGAACGCGAGAGCAACUACAUGGAAUUCUUAGAAGUUUUGACUGAAGGCCUCGAGCGUGUUCUGAUGGUGCGCGGAGGUGGACGGGAAGUAAUCACCAUCUACUCAUAAUAUGUUAUCAUCAUAAGUGCGUGUUGAAAACAACUAGAAAUAUCUAUAUAUUGGACUAACAAGCAAAUUAAGAAAGUGUCAUAUUGAAAUCAAUUAGAAAUUUAAAUCAAGGAGCAAAACCUCUGUUUACGUUACUUUACAUUGGGAAAAAACUAUGUGGUGAUGAAACAAAUUAUUAUGUUUUCAUAUGCAGAAAUAUUCACACAAUUUUUGGUGUGAGCGAUGAUGUUAAUUAUUUACAUUUGUAUGUUAAAAGCAUAUUUUACACCGUUACUCGCUGAAACGAAUCUACUUGUCUACUGUAUAAUGUGUACGAGAAUAUGCAAGUAUCAAUGAAAAAUAUAAAAGUGUACGAAUAAAUUAUUAAUUUUACGCGGCUGAAAUUCAUAAUGUUCUCGAUGACUAAUGCAAGAAAAGAAGUGAACAUAUUUUUUGAAGAAAAUGCUUUUUUCAUAUUUUUUAAAAC